GAGCUUCAUUUUGGGCUAUUUAAGUGGAAUCCAUGGGAGCCGGGGCCCUCAGUCGAAAUGGCAGCCAUCUGCAGAUGGCCUAUUCUGCUUUUGUUGGCCACGACGCAGGCCAUUACUUACGCAGAGAAUCUGAGUGGAUCCACGCCCGGCGUUGAAGAGGAUUAUAAUGUCAGCACAAGUCCGAGUCCGCCGCUGGAAGAGACCACCCAACGCCUGUCCGGCAGGGAGGAAUCACUUAAGAAGGACGGUCGAGAGCAGUACGAUGUGAUUGAUGUCAUGGACUCCACCGGCACGGCGGGGGGCAAUCAAAAGAGUGGCCAGACCACGAGGAUCUACACCACAGGCGAAGUGGACGAGAACUUCUGGCUGAAACACCUGGGCGAAGACUUCAAGCAUGCCAUUCAUCUGCAAGUGGGCGGCACCAACGAAGAUUAUAAUCGUUUGGUCAACCAUACCCAGAAUGGAGUCCACGAAGAGGUGCAUCAUGAGUAUCUACCAGGUGCCGAGAGACCUGGGAGUGGAGCUCCAGCUCCUCCUGCAUCUCCUCAACAAUCUGGACCAGCUUUUCGCCAGGGUUUUGACAACCGAGCAAUGGCCAUGAAACAGCAGUAUCUCAGCCAACAGCAGGCCCAGCAGUCACAUUCUGCCCCGCAACACUUUAAUUACGCCCAACAACACGCACAACACUAUGCACCACAACCACACACCCACCAAUACGCACAACAAACAUUACACAGAAACACCUACUCAAAGCCCCAGAUUUAUGGGCCGCAGAAUUACAAGCCCCAGAGCUAUAUCAUUAACUCUAGCGAGGAUCAGCUGCACGCCGCCCAAUCGAAUCCUCCGCCAGUGCGAUCCGCUGGAGAGGAUCGACCCAAUCACGAGGAGGAGGCGGACUCCUUCGGCGGCCAACUCAAAUUUAAGUCUCCCUUCAACGACUACGGCAGUCGGCCCACCCGAGAUAUCACCUAUCUUCUCUACAAACGGGGUCUCUAAAAAAUAUAGCCCCUAUGAACUAUACAAAAGACUUGCGGUCUUCAGUCCAUUGAGUUUUAUAAAUGGGGCUGAGCCGCACCCACCCACUACACACACUUCACACUACACACAACAUCACACAAACCACACAAACACUGCGAUUAAGGA